ACGGGGGGGGGGGGGGUAUAGAAAUGCAGUACAAUUGCGUGUCGGUCACCUAUUCAACAUUUGUCAUUAUCUAAGCUUAAUUCUGCUGAGCUUCUGAGAUCUGGCAAGCCUGGGCACAUUGCAGGUGAUUUGCACCGAGGCCUUUAAAUCGGGUUGUACAGUUCUUAGAUGCGUUAUACAGUACUGCACUUUCCAAUUCAUUACACAUGUUAUCUGUACAGUACACCAGAGGUGUUUGUACAUAAACAAGCACUGUGUGUACAGCACAGUAUAAUUCACUACAGGUGUGUUUGCAUAGAAACAAUGCUGUAUGUAUUGACGACGCAAAAUAUUAUACUGUAUGUGAAGCAAGUCUGCUUGUGGUAGCAAACGUCACUUGGCUUUCUGAGUGUUCCUCAGUGUUCCAUGCAGACGUGCGAGUGAGUGAGCAGGGCAAUGAAUGCACGGCAAGGCUGCUGCUGCUGCUGCUGCAUGCAUCGUGCUUGCUAAUCACUGCUUGCUGUUUUCAAUGCUGCUUGGCCCAUCGCAGCGGAAAGAGCGCAAGCUCAAGGAGUUCAAGGUGAUUGGGAGGCGGGUGCCGACACCCAAGCAGCCGAGGCCCCCUCUGUACCGCAUGCGAAUCUUCGCACCCAACCACGUGGUGGCCAAAUCCCGCUUUUGGUACUUUGCGUCCGUGCUGCGCAAGCUCAAGAAGUCGUCUGGGGAGAUGGUGUACUGUGGGACGGUCUCCGAGAAGUUCCCACAGAGGAUCAAGAACUUUGGCAUCUGGCUGCGUUACGAGUCCCGCAGCGGAACCCACAACAUGUACCGCGAGUACAGAGACCUCACCACCGCUGGCGCCGUCACCGCUUGCUACCGAGACAUGGGAGCCCGGCACCGUGCACGGGCCCACUCCAUCCAGAUCAUGAAGGUAGAGGUGAUCACAGCCAACAAGUGUCGGCGCCCGGGCGUCAAGCAGUUCCACAACUCCAAGAUUCGCUUCCCGCUGCCCCACCGCGUCCUGCGCAAGCAGCACAGCCCGCGGUUCUCAACGCGCCGGCCCAACACCCUCUACUGAGCCGCCCUCCUCCUGCAUGCUAACGGCACCGUUAAUGAACGCCACAUCAAACACGGCCUCGAGGUUAAUGUUGUGUUGUGGGCUCCGGUCCACAUUUUAUGAAACACAUUGUGACUACAACUCUUGCACUCCCUGUUUAGUCGAUUAUCUAUAACUUUUCCGAUACUCGUAGCAUUGUGCAAUGCAUCCUUGUCGUUGCGUAAUAAAGUCUAUUUAAAUCA